AUUCUGAUCAAAACAAUCGGCAACAAGAUUAAUUUUAAGUGAAAUUACGUGAAAAAUCGCAGGAAUUAUGGCUGACGAAGAAGAUCCAAAGGAGUAUCGAUGGGAGACGGGAUACGAAAAGACUUGGGAAGCGAUUAAAGAAGAUGACGAUGGAUUGGUGUCGAGUUCCGUGGCUGAUAUCAUCCAAAAAGCCAAGCGACGACGUUUGGAGAACAAAAAGUCCCAUUGUCGUCUCGGAAUGAUGCGUCACCUUUACAUAAUUGUCGAUUGCACCGAGAACAUGAGUCAGCAGGACCUCAAACCGACACGACUUUUGUGCACCCUGAAGCUUCUCGAGAUGUUUAUCGAGGAAUUUUUCGACCAAAAUCCCAUCAGUCAGCUCGGAAUCAUCGCCAUGAAGAAUAAACGAGCCGAAAAGCUCACAGAACUCGCCGGAAGUGCCCGAAAACACACAAAAGCGAUACAAUCGUUGAAUAAAAUCGCCCUUAAUGGAGAACCGUCACUGCAAAACGGUCUCGAUUUGGCGCUGAAAUCUCUUAAAAUGCUUCCGACGCAUGCCAGUCGCGAAGUUCUCGUGAUAAUGGGUAGUCUGACGUCAUGCGAUCCCGGAGACAUCCUCUCUACGAUUCACGCGUUAAAGGCGGAGAACAUUCGGGCGUCUUAUAUCACGUUAGCGGCGGAAAUUCACAUUUGCAAGGUGAUGUGUCAGGAAACGGGAGGCACAUUUGGUGCCAUUAUGGACGAUGCACACUUCAAAGAUCAACUUUUUCAGCACAUUGAACCUCCGCCAGCGGUGCUAAAGCAAGAAUUUGCUUUGAUCAAGAUGGGAUUCCCGCAUGAGCAAGUCGACGAAGGCAAAAAUCCAACGUUAACAAUGUGCAUGUGUCACAUCGACAGCACCGAUGAGCCAAGUAAACUAAAUUCCGGUGGUUACCAUUGUCCGCAGUGCUUCAGUAAAUAUUGCGAGAUUCCCGUGGAAUGCAUUUCUUGCGGAUUGACUCUCGUAUCAGCGCCACAUCUCGCAAGAUCCUACCAUCAUUUGUUCCCGGUGAUGCCUUUCAAGGAGAUUCCCAACGACAAUCACGUGCAAAAUUGCUAUUCGUGCCAAAAGUUGUUCAAUGCGACGCAAGAUAAGAAUGUUUACGAAUGUGAGAGAUGCAAACAAAUUUAUUGCACGGACUGCGACAUUUACAUUCACGAAACGCUCCAUUCGUGCGUUGGAUGCACGACAAUUCCAACGUUGUCGGCGAGGAAUGUCACACGAAGACCCUCGAAUUUCCAUUAAAAAUUAUAAAAACAUUUUUUUUUUGCAACAUCAAUAUAUCUUUAGAAAUUUACUAAACAUAAAUUGAUGGAAAU